UGCAUCUACCGAAAUUUUGUUUAGUUACUUAGUUGCUGCGAGGUUUUUAUGGUAUUUUUAUGAGGUAAUUUAAAAGUGUUAACAAUGGAAGGGGAUAUCAUAGACUGGACCAAAGAGGUAGGUCUAGUAAUAAUCUAUUUAAAAAGUAUGGCGAGAAAGAGAAGGCUAGAAAAAUGGAGGAAGAAUUGAGAAAUGGUUUGAAGACAUUGGACGGUUAUGCACCUCAAAAGCCAGUAUAUGAGUUUCGGGAGCAAUUCACUCUAGAGAAAUGCCCACCCCCAGAUGCACCUAGUCAGAUUCGAAUUAAACUAAUGUUGAGUAUUUGAUCUAGAAUUAGACAGGAGGACAUCGAAUUAUACGCAAAAAUAAGGUGAUAUUGUUUUAGCAUAUGACCCUGUUUUAAAAUUAACCAAUAAAUGACACUCAUUUUAGAAAGGAAGUUGAACAAGAGUUCAUGGUAAAGCCUUAUCCUAUGGACUACAGAUCUGUAACAAAGUGCGAUUUCCAUAAAUACACUGUCCCACAACCUCCUAGACCUGAGCCACGACUUCGUGAAAUGGUCCGAGAACAACCGGUUACAUUUUGGACAGAGCACAGGGAUAAAAUGCAUGGUAAUACACAUCAUGGGAUAAAUCGUGUUACACCAUUUGGACGUAAUGCUGCAUUUACAACACCAAUUGAUAAAUACUUAAAUAGUCGUAUGCCUAGUGAAAUGCAAGUGUAUCCACGUUAAAGAAAAAAAAAUGAACAGAUAGGUAAUAUGAAUACAUUGUCUUAUCUUUCAUAUUAUUCUCUUCUCAGUAUGCAACUGCUUACUGUAUUAUUGUUUUAUUUAAAUUGUAAUCUGAGAAUGCGAAAGAAAAUGUAUGAUUAACAUGCCUUAAUGUGGAUUUUAUUGGGGUUAAAAAUGUAUGUAGUAAUAAUUAAUAAAAACA